CCGGGAUCCAAGGGAAGCAGGAGGCUAUGGCUUCAGUAUUCAUGUGCGGGGUGGAAGACUUGCUGUUCAGCGGUAGCCGCUUCGUGUGGAACUUGACGGUGUCCACGCUGCGGAGAUGGUACACGGAGAGGCUGCGGGCUUGCCACCAGGUGCUGCGGACGUGGUGCGGGCUGCGGGACGUGUACCAGAUGACGGAAGGCAGGCACUGCCAGGUGCACCUCCUGGAUGACAGGAGACUGGAGCUUCUGGUGCAGCCCAAACUUUUAUCACGAGAGUUGCUGGAUCUUGUGGCUUCACACUUCAACCUGAAAGAAAAGGAAUAUUUUGGAAUAACAUUUAUUGAUGACACAGGUCAGCAGAACUGGCUCCAGUUAGAUCACCGAGUGCUGGAUCAUGACUUACCCAAGAAACAAGGCCCCACCAUUCUGUACUUUGCGGUGAGGUUUUACAUUGAGAGCAUUUCGUUUUUAAAGGACAAAACCACCGUGGAGCUGUUUUUCCUGAAUGCCAAGGCCUGUGUGCACAAGGGACAGAUCGAAGUAGACAGCGAGACCAUCUUCAAGUUAGCAGCGCUCAUUUUGCAGGAAGCCAAGGGAGAUUACACCAGUGAUGAAAAUGCCAGAAAAGAUUUAAAGACACUGCCAGCCUUUCCUACCAAAACGCUUCAGGAACAUCCGUCCCUUGCUUACUGUGAGGACAGAGUAAUUGAGCAUUAUUUGAAACUCAAAGGUCUAACUCGAGGUCAAGCUGUGGUGCAGUAUAUGAAAAUAGUGGAAGCUCUGCCAACUUACGGAGUCCAUUAUUACGCAGUAAAGGAUAAGCAAGGACUUCCUUGGUGGCUUGGAAUCAGCUAUAAAGGAAUUGGCCAGUAUGACUUACAAGACAAGGUGAAGCCUCGAAAAUUAUUCCAGUGGAAGCAGCUGGAGAACUUGUAUUUCCGUGAGAAAAAGUUUGCUGUUGAAGUUCACGACCCACGAAGAAUUUCAGUGUCAAGAAGGACCUUUGGGCAAAGUGGCCUCUUCGUGCAGACGUGGUAUGCAAGCUCUUCUCUCAUCAAGUCCAUCUGGGUAAUGGCAAUUAGUCAGCAUCAAUUUUACCUGGACCGUAAGCAAAGUAAAGCAAAGAUUCCUUCAGCCAGGAGCUUAGACGACAUAGCAAUGGAUUUGACAGAGACAGGAACCCAGAGGGCUUCCAAGCUGGUGACACUGGAGGCGAAAGGUCAGCUCAUCAUGGCAAGCAAUGGCAGUUUAAUCUCCUCAGGCUCCCAAGACUCAGAAGUGAACGAGGAGCAGAAGAGAGAAAAAAUCCUGGAACUCAAGAAGAAAGAAAAGCUGCUGCAGGAAAAACUCCUGAAGAAAGUCGAGGAGCUGAAGAAGAUCUGUCUGCGCGAGGCUGAGCUCACAGGCAAAAUGCCAAGUGAGUACCCCCUGAGCAUUGGCGAGAAGCCGCCCCAGGUCAGAAGACGCGUGGGUACUGCAUUCAAACUUGACGACAGCUCACUGCCCAGCGAGGAGGACCCGGCUCUUCAAGACCUGGAAAGUAAUUUUCUAAUCCAGCAAAAGCUAGUUGAGGCUGCAAAGAAACUUGCCAGUGAACCAGACCUUUGUAAAACUGUGAAGAAGAAGCGAAAACAAGAUUACACAGAUGCCGUGAAAAAGCUUCAGGAGAUUGAAAAUGCAAUCAAUGAAUACCGAAUUCGGUGCGGAAAGAAACCGAGCCAGAAAGGAACCGUUCUCGUACCAGAAGACAUAAUUCCUUCAGAGAGCAGCUCCUUGUCUGACACCACCACCUCUGACGAACCCAUUGAUGCCUUCACUCUUGCUGGGCAGCGAUCAAGCUCAGUACCUCAUUCUCCCAGAAUUCUGCCCCCCAAGUCUCUCGGGAUUGAGCGAAUUCAUUUCAGAAAGUCAUCCAUCAACGAUCAGUUUGUGGAUACCAGGCAUUCCAGAGAGAUGCUGUCGACACACAGCAGUCCCUACAAGACUCUGGAGAGGCGCCCCCCAGGAGGACGGAGCAUGCCCACCACGCCGGUCCUCACCCGCAACGCCUACAGCAGCAGCCACUUGGAACCUGAAGCCUCAUCUCAGCACUGCCGCCAGCGGAGUGGAAGCCUCGAGUCCCAGUCCCACCUGCUGUCUGAGAUGGACAAUGAGAAGCCAUUUUUCUCUCUCUCCAAAUCCCAAAGAAGCAGCAGCACUGAAAUCCUUGAUGAUGGGUCUUCCUACACCAGCCAGUCAAGCACAGAAUAUUACUGUGUGACACCUGUUGCCGGCCCCUAUUACACAACCCAGACUUUGGACACUCGUGCCCGGGGUCGGAGAAGAUCAAAGAAACACAAUGUCUUGACUUCAAAUUCCGGAAGCAUGCCCAACUUGGCACAGAAGGACAGUUUGAGAAACGGUGUCUACAUGAAGAAUCAGGAGCCACCUUCUUCCAGUUACUACAUCACUGGAUACGCACCCUACGCGGAGUGUGACCUCUAUUACAGUGGUGGCUACGUGUAUGAAAAUGACACGGAGGGACAGUAUAGCGUCAAUCCCUCCUACCGGUCCUCAGCCCACUAUUGCUAUGACCGCCCACGGGACUACAGCAGAUCCUUUCAUGAAGAUGAGGUUGACCUGGUGCCCCAUAACCCAUAUGCAACCCUCCGGCUGCCCAGGAAGGCUGCCGCAAAACCUGAGCACAUCACCAAAAACAUCCACAAGGCCUUAGUUGCCGAGCACCUGCGUGGCUGGUACCAGCGGGCUUCUGGGCAAAAGGACCCGGGGCACAGCCCCCAGAUUAGCUUUGACUCUGAUAGGGGAUCGCAAAGAUGCCUGGGGUUCUCUGGACUACAAGUGCCCUGUUCUCCAAGUAGCCGAGCAUCCUCCUAUUCUUCAGUGUCUUCUACAAACGCUUCUGGGAGCUGGAGGACCCAGUUGACAGUGGGGCUCUCCGAGUACGAGGCUGCAGCGCAUUCUUACAGCAGCUGCUAUGGCAGUGUCUACAAUCCUCUGCCGUCUCCCAGCAGACAGUACUCCGAGGCCGGGCCGCCGGACGGUGCGGAUGGAAACCAGCUGGAUGACGACCUGGAAAGCAGUGAGCAGAGGCUCUUCUGGCACGAAGACUCCAAGCCCGGAACAUUAGUCUGAACUACAGUGGCAGUGUUCUCACACUCGUGUGCCUUGUGAAAUGUGUCCCGUCUUCCCCACAGGCCUUUGUUUCCUGCAACCUGAAGGCCGCAGAGGCUGGAAGGAAGAGAGGAUGCCCUGGAUAAGAACCGCACGCUAACCCCAGCAAAGUCCCCCAAAGCGAGGACUUGCCUUGCAGACCCCAGGCCCAACCCUCCCAGCCAGGUGUGAGCACAUAUGGAACCAUUGCCACAAGAGCAAGCACUUUCUAAGAGACUAAAGCUUCUAGAAGGCAAGCCUCGGAACUCUGAAAGCACAUGAGAAAAAGGAAAAAGGGGAGCUCUCAGAGCACAAUUCAGAAUGAUGAGGGAAGGAACACCAGGGCAGUGGGUCCUGGCUCCCCAACACAAUUGCAGGAUUGGCAAUUGGAUGGACAAGCACCUGCCCUUCCCACCCAGACACAGACGAUUUAGACAGUAUUGGAAAAUUACUUGAAGAGAAGUUGGACUUUCAUGAAGUUGUGAAUGAGUGUAAAUGUUUUUAGGAUAUGACAUAGAGUGAUGUUUUUCAUAAGCACCGUGGAGUGGGUUCUGGAGAGACUUAGAGCUGUAGCAUCCUCCCAUAAUACUGCCUAACGAAAGCAGAUUGGAAAAAGGAAGCAGCUCACUGAAAAACUGACAAAGUUGGCUUGGAGAAUUUUCUAAGGUACAGCGUCCUGGAGCUCCCUUCUGUUCCUUCUCCAGCAGGGGCAUGAUGAGCCCUGGCUCCAGUUCAGGCCGACAGCCCUCUGGCACAGCUACCUUGGGCCAUGGAGAUUGGAAAAGUUUGCAUAAUCCUAAAUUUGAGAAAGAAUUUUAAAGUGAUGCAGACCUGUCACUUUAAAGAACCUAAAGCAAAAAAAAAAAAAAAAAAAAAAAAAAAAGAGAGAGAAAGAAAAAGAAAAGAAAAAAAUCAUAAAGCCACAUCAUUUUGGAUGAAUUUGUGUGCCUUACCGUGAUGAGCAUUAAAAAUGUAUUGUCUGAUUAUCGAUUCUAAGUCACUAAGUGGUAAAAACAAAAUUAGUAUGAAAAAAAAAAGAACACCCCUCCAAGCUGCAGUAGGUCUAAUUAUGAGGAUAAUACUACCUCAUAUUUUCUUGGAACAGCUAAUUAACUAUGGUUUGUUAGAGGAUUUUGUUAGUUUCUCAGAACAAAUGCUUCCUGUAUUCCACAUCGUUCUUUUUUGUCGUCUUUACAUCAAAAUCCCUUUAAAGGUGCUUCUCCCUUCCACCCCUUUUUAUACAGACUUCUUGUUCAUAUUGUAAAUAGAGAAAUUUCCAAUCAUCUUUUUUUGGAGCAUUUUCUAACUGUAGUCCAAAGCAUGUAAUAUAUACAUAAAGAAUGAUUUGUUAAACUGGUCCUCAGUCAUUUGUAUCAUUCGAAAUGAAGUUUGGGGGAAAGUUUUGGAUAAACAAAGACAAGCAAAAAAAUAACUUAUUCCUUUUUUGCAUAUUUGUAUCGCCUUCUAGAAACAGAAAUAGCCUUUUGCAUAUUCUUUUACUGUUUGGACUUUUUACGACCUAUUAUUUUUUUACAUAGGUCAAUAAAGUAAAGGUUUGCUACUGAGACAGUUUACGUAUUCUUCCCUUUGUGUUUAAGGUUCACACAAUGUUUAAAGAGAUAUAGUUCCAGUUAUCACAUUAGGCAAGAUUUCUGAUUUGUAGUUUCAGUGUUACCAUAUUUUAUUGAUUCCGAGAUGCACAUUUUUUUUUCCUGUUUACAUCGAGAAACAAGAUUCAUCUUUUGGUUGAUAGCAUGCAUCCUAGUUGAGUUGGAAGUAUGUUUUUCUUUCUCAGACAUUAAAAAAAUUGCUGUUUCUUACAAUAAAGUUAUCUAAGAAUUGAUGGAAUAUGAUAGCUCAUUGCCUCCUGGAGGAUGCCUGAAGAGAAUCCUUAGCCCUACUGGUCUUGGGCUCACUCCCAGACUACACACAGGUCUUUUACAUCCAGAAAAAGAUUUCAUCUGACGUCUCUUCUUUCUGAAUCUUGGGAAUGGAACGUAGGGAGACCUGCACCUGAUGUUAGCCGAAAGGCUAAGAAGCGAUAAUAGGGAGACUUUAUUAAUAUAUCCAUGCAUGUGUGGUAAAUAAGAAUAAGCUUUCCCUGUUGAAGAAGCAAUGUGAUGAGAAUUUGCAAGUUUGCCUUGAAAGGGUAAAUGGAACUUGGCUCCCAAACAGGAGAAGAUACAGGAACCGAGACAUUCAUGGCCUGCUACGUGUCUUCCUCUUAGCUUUUCUGAAAAAUCUCUCAAGCACAUCUUGAAGACCAAAAAAUGAAAAAAGUAUUCAACCUGUGAACAUCGCUUCUGUAUUACAAAAUUUCAUGCAAUCAUGGUAAAAUUUUUAGAUGAAAGGAUGAAACAAAUAUAAAAACACAAUCAUGUUCU